UCACCACAAGCACGACGUCAUCGAGCUACUGCAAUAGGCCAGUCAAAUAUCACGGAGACGGCGUUGGGCGCUUGACAGAGCAGUUUUACGCUGCUGGGUUCGGAAAUCACCAUCAAAUAGGUAUCAAACAGGGAACAAGCCGAGGGCAUCUCGAGAGAGCUGCCGGCUCAAACAGACUUUAGCACCACGCCGCUGGCGGCGCCUUCUUCCACCCCGCCCUAGACCAUCAAAUACCGCGAACAAACAACCCGACAAACUUCUACCUUCCACCCACCGAUUGAUUAGGCACCCAACCCGAUCAAUGACCUCCAACAUGUCCUCACAACGCCCCUUCUUCCUCUCAACCUUCUUCGCCACCUUCCGGCAGGGAGCAGCGGCGGCCCCAUCCCUUUCGAGCGCCAGCGCAUCAGCAGCAGCCCAGCAACCAAACAAGCACGCGACGCAAUCAUCCUCCGGCCCGGCCCCGUCGGCCACAGCAGCAACAUCACAGGCAUCCUCGUCCUCGCAAUCCCCUCCCUCGACAUCGGCGCGAUCCGGCAGCGUCAUCAGCCAGUUGCCGUUGCACUCCCCGCGACAUCAUCACCACCACCACCACCAUCAUCAUCACAGUUCGGGGGGUAUCCCGAUACCACAACAGGGAAGCCAUAGCCAACGGAGCCGGAGAAGAGGGAGUGAUAGCAGCAGCGAGGGGUUUAGGGAUGCGCUCGGGGCAGAGAAGCUGUACAUUGGCGGGCGGACGGCGACGGGCGAGGAGAAGUUCUUCAAGCUUGGGGUGGUGAGACGGGUGAGGAGUGGGGAUAGGCUUAGUUUGGAUCGGUUGAGUUUGUGAUGGGGCUUGUGGGAGUGUAUGCUAUGCUAUGCAUGGGGAAGGAGUGGGAGUGGGGGUAGAGCGACCCCGGGGGAGGAUGCCUAGCUACUUGAUAUGAUAACCAGGACAGAAGGGCAUGAUCUGAGAUUGAUGGGAUGGGUUUGUGGACGGCGUUCGAAGGCAUCGGUCGGAUCGGGCUAGAGUGUGGACGGGUGACUGCUGUUAGAAACACACAUAUAUUGGGACUGGAUAGGGUUUGGUUGGUAUGGGUCCAUCUGGCAGGGAAAAAGAGUACAAUGCCAUGCUGGUCAGUAGAUGUUUGACAGCGCAACAUAACGCAUUUUAACUUUGUAUAUCCGUACACCAACCUAAAGUUGACCCAUCUUCAUCGCAACGUUC